AGAAUAUGGGAUCAAAUAGGACUGCCUUUCAGAAUUAGGGAUCCAAUUCAUGUGCCUUUCAGAAUUUAACCUCCAACUCAUGAAUUGUUUCAUUUUAGGGGUUUUCCAUCCAUUUCUUCAAUUUUGCAUCUUUUUCUUUUUCUUUUUCUUUUACAGCCCACCUGAAAUGCCAAUCCUACCCCUGCCCCUACAGCUCUUGUCCUCUCCCGAUUGAAUUGAUCCGUUCUGUUCGCUUUCUCCUUCCUGCGCUGCCGCUCCUAGGGUUCCUGGGGAGGAACACAACCAGCAGAUGCGCACAGGCGGAAGGGGCUUAAUGGACAUGGAUCCCUCCGAUUUACCUCCCAGGAUUGAUCCAGAUGCUGCGUUUAGAUUGUCGGUCCAGAUUUCUCAGUUCUUAGCAAAGAUGGAUGAUGGUAGCUCUGUUGAUGUGCCGCGAAAAUGCUAUGAAUGGGUUGUAGACUAUCGCUAUUACACCAUGUUAUCUUUAGAAAAGGACUUGGCAGCAAGAGUGACUUGGGGAAGCUCCCAGCACCCUGUGAUAUCUGAAUUUGAUAUGUGUACCGGUGGGGAAAGAAAUUUGGGUGAUGAUGCAGCUUUAUCAUUGGCAUUCUUUCAAAGAAUUUCAGAAAAAAGUUGAUGCUUUUUGUUGAUGUCGAGGACAAGUCUGGACAAAUACAGUCUACUGUUAUAGAGGGAGGCAUGAGUAAUGUUGUGUCUGACAAUGUUGGCACACAAGUGGAUUCAACUGAUCCUCUAGAUGUUGGAAAUGUGAUUGAUUGGGACAGCCUAGAGAUAGUGUCAAUUCCAGAAGAACAAAUAGGUGCUCCUGUCACAUUGAUGGAUGAAUAUGCUAUGUAUGAAUUUGUUGGGCUGAGAGCAGAGGAUGAGAGUGCAGAGCAGGCAAGGAUUGCAGCUGAAAAAGAAGCUGCAAAUGGGUCUGCUCUUUUGGAUAAGGAACUAGAAGAGCAAGGCUUACUUGUUGAUGAUACAAUUCCUGGAGAGGAGUCAGUUGUCUAUGACAUGGAAGAUCCUCCAAUGAAAAUUGGAACCAUCUAUGCUAGUAUGAAUGAAUUCAGGGCAGUGAGGCAACAUGCUAUAAAGGGACAGUUUCAGCUGGGAACAGAGAAAUCUUGUAAAGAUAAUUUUAGGGGAUAUUGCAAAGCUGCAGGAUGUCCAUGGGCUAUUGUGGCUCGGUUGAUGCUUGGUGAGAAGCAAGUCAGGUUACUCUGAACAAAGGAGAUCAUUUUUGUGCAUCUACUGCAAGAGUUAGGACCAAGAUGGCUUCAUUUCAUUGGGUAGUAGAGAAGGCCAUUCUCUUUCUAAAGAAGGAUGCUAACAUGGGUGCAAAGAAACUGCAAAAAGAGUUGGAGGAAAAAUAUAAUGUCACAAUAGGAUAUGGAACAGUGUGGGCUGGUAGGCAAAUUGCAGCCGAAAAGAUAUUUCGCACCUGGGAAGAAAGUUUUGCUUUGUUGUUCAACUUCAAGGCAGAGGUAGAGCUAAAAAUGCCUGGAAGUGUGGUAGAGAUAGAUUUCAUAAAUAAAGAUGAUGGUGUGUAUUUCCACAGAUUAUUUUGUUGCUUUAAACCAAGCAUCGAUGGGUUCCUAAAUGGUUGUAGGCCAUACUUGAGUAUAGAUUCCACAGCUCUUAAUGGCAGAUGGAAUGGGCACAUGCCUUCAGCAGUUGCAUUAGAUGGACACAAUUGGAUAUUUCCAAUUGCAUUUGGAUUUUUUGACAGUGAGACAACAGAUAACUGGACUUGGUUUUUGCAGCAACUACAAAAGGCAAUUGGCAACCUACCUUAUUUAGCUAUAAGUUCAGAUGCUUGCAAGGGCAUAGAGAAUGCUAUAAAGCAAGUGUACCCUUGGGCUGAGCAUAGAGAGUGCUUUUUUCACUUGAUGAAAAAUUUUGUUAAACAAUUUCAAGGUCCUGCUUUUGGUAGGAUGUAUCCUGCUGCCAGGACAUAUCAGCUAGAAUAUUAUGAGUAUUUGAUGAAUAAGAUGUAUGCAGUAAGUAAAAAGGUCAAGCCAUAUUUGGACAAACAUCAUAGUCUGAUUUGGAUGAGCAGAUUUUCAGAAGAGAUUAAGUGUGAGCAUAUUGCCAAUAAUGUUGCAGAGGUCUGGAAUAGAUGGGUCAAGGACAUUAAAGACCUUCCUGUAGCUGAGCUUGCAAACACUCUAAGGUCCAAGUUCAUGGAACUCUAUGCAAGGAGAAAAAUAGGUGAAAAGUUUCAAGGUAUGCUUCCAAUUGUUGUUCGGCAACUCAAUGUACUAAGUAGGAACUUAGGACACUUAAAGGUUCAAGAAGGUGGUAGGGAUGAAGCUGAGGUGACUGAGAUCACUACUACCCACAAGGUCAUAAGACAAGUGGUGAAUCUAAAGAAUCAGACAUGCUCAUGCAAGGAGUGGCAGGUAUCAGGAAAGCCGUGCCCACAUGCUUUGGCACUCAUAAUUACAACAAGAAAUCCUAAGAUGGAAGAUUUCCUCCACCCAUACUUUUCAGUCUACCAUUUUAGGCUAGCUUAUGCUAGAAUAAUUAAACCAUUACCAGACAAGUCUCAAUGGCCCAAGGUGGAACUUGGCUACAAAUUAUUGCCUCCUCUAGCAAAGAGAGCUGUAGGGAGACAGAGGAAGAACAUGAUACCUGGGUGUUUAGAGAGCAAAGGAGAUAAAUCUAAGACCAAAGGUGCAUGGAAGGUUCAAUGUAAGACUUGCUUCCAACAUGGUCACAGGUCAUCAUCACCAAGACACCAAAGUGUCCUAUGAAUGGACCCAAAAAAAGGAAGAGUCGUGCAAAGCAAGGAAGACCCUUGGGUUCAGGGAAAGGAGAUGCUAGUACCAGCACACCAAAAAAACAGAAGAUAGCAAGGCAAUCCAGAGAAGCACAUCUAGUCCUGACCCUGUAACAAGGAGCCAAUCUGCAGUUAGCAACUCUAGCCCUGGCCCUAUGACAAGAAGCCAAACUAGAGAUGAAGCAAGUGGCCAUGCAACCACUCCUAGUAGCCCAAUAAAGUCUCCAGCAAAGAGAGCUGUCAAGAAAAAGCUCACUCCAAGGAAGCCAACCAAAUAAGGGACAUCUCAUAUAUGUUUGUUUGGCUGAAAUGAUUAUGUGAACCUAACAGGCAACAUUGAACCUGCAUGGCUGCAUGCCUGCUUUUGUAAUAUUAUAUUGGUCCAUUUCUGGACAUGAAACUUGGAUCUGGAUGUAUAAAAAAUCUUGCUAUGAAUAUGAAAUUCGGUCAACCUGGAUGUUUAUAUAAAAA